AUUAACUUUCCCAACAUGGCUUGUUCCCUCAGAAUCGAUGAAGGAGUGUCUGCCCAGACUGAGAAGCAGUUCACUGUGCCAUCGAAGGUGGUGCACUUCCGAAACCUUCCAAAACAGUGCUCUGAAGAGGAGCUCAUAAAGUUGUGUAGCCCCUUUGGUAAAGUCGUCAACAUCAUGUCCGGUGUUGGUCCCAAUAGAAACCAGGGUUUUGUUGAGUUUGAAGAUAUAAAUGAAGCCAAUUCAAUUGUUUCAUACUAUCUGUCUUCAAAUCCUGUUCAACUUCGUGGUAAAACUAUUUAUGUUCAAUAUUCUGAGAGACCAGAACUUGUCAUUAACAAAUACACUAAAGGAAAUAUCUUGAUUGUAACCAUGGAAGGCAUCCAAGCUGGAGAUGUAGGCAUUGAUGUCAUCCACUUGGUCUUUUCUGAGUUUGGCUUUGUUCAAAAAAUUUCUACAUUUGAAAAGAAUGCGUGUUUCCAGGCUAUGGUUCAGUUUCCUGAUGUUAAGACUGCUUCUUCGGCCAAGGAUGCGCUAGACGGAAAAAGCAUACCAAGAUACUUGCUCCCAAAUUAUGUUUGUGAUUGUAACUUGCGCAUUACAUACUCAGCACAUCAAGAUCUUACUAUCAAGUUCCAGUCUAACCGUACCAGGGAUUACACAAAUCCUACGCUUCCUGUUAAUCAGACUUCUAUUGAUAGGGCAAUACAGCCUUUUGAAAAUCAUGUCCUAUGGGCUUCAUUUGAAAAUAUGCAGUAUGAUGUCACUGUGGAUGUCCUUCAUUCAGUGUUCUCUGAAUAUGGUACUGUGCAAAAAAUUUCUAUAUUUGAAAAGAAUGGUCAAACUCACGCACUAAUUCAGUACCCUGAUAUCGCCACAGCAACAGCUGCAAAAAAAGCUCUAAUGGGGCAUUGCAUAUAUGAUGAUGGCUGUUGUAAGCUUCGUCUAUCAUACUCUCAUCAUACUGAUAUUAACGUAAAGGGUUCCAGUGACAAAAGUAGAGACUAUACCAUGCCCAAUCACGGUUUAUUUGAAGAACAAGUUGAAACAACAGAUUUGGAGAAUCCUCAUUCGACUUCUAUGUCCCAUAAUAGUAGUAAUAGUAGUAGUGCUCAUGCUUUACAGGCUCAAGUACAUGGAGGACAAAUUCCUUCGUGGAACCCAAUCCACAAUUACAUGUUUGCACCUGGUACUUUUCCUAAUCAAACUUAUGCAGUUCCUCCAUAUCUUGUCUAUGCAGUUCAUAAUGAAAGUUACAUGGAAAUCACUCCACCUGGGGUUCCUGGUUUCUCACCUCACAUGCAAGCUGGUUUUGUGGGUUUUUUACCUCUUGGUGUACAACCUUAUUAUUAUGGAUACUAGGUUAUAUGUCAAUUGAAUGAAAACUCUGUAGAGUUAGAUACCCCCUUUUUUCCAUGUUUUUGGAUGGAUCGAUCUUAACUAAUUGAAUGGAAUUUCAAUCUCAAUUUAUAAUGAUUAAAGAAUAAUGUGUUAUGUAUGUCCUCA